AGGAGCUAACACAGGCGGCCGGUUCCGCUUUAGAUCCCUUCCCCCAACCCACAGGGACUUCCUGCCGCAGGUCCUUCGGUUUUCACUCCGGUCCGCCUGGGCUAGUUAUAAAAGCGAGCCUCGGCCCCCGACUGCACAGUUCUGUCCUGUUUCUUCUUAACAAUGUCUGGUCGUGGUAAGGGCGGCAAAGGUCUCGGGAAGGGCGGCGCCAAGCGCCACCGCAAGGUCCUGCGCGACAACAUCCAGGGCAUCACCAAGCCCGCCAUCCGGCGCCUGGCCCGACGCGGCGGCGUCAAGCGCAUCUCCGGGCUCAUCUACGAGGAGACCCGUGGAGUGCUGAAGGUGUUCCUGGAGAACGUGAUCCGGGACGCCGUCACCUACACGGAGCACGCCAAGCGCAAGACGGUCACGGCCAUGGACGUGGUCUACGCGCUCAAGCGCCAGGGCCGCACCCUCUACGGUUUCGGGGGCUGAGUCCGACCCCGUCAGCUCGCUUUCCGCAGCAAAACCAAAGGCCCUUCUCAGGGCCGCCAUCUUUUCACCGAAAGAGCUUAAAUGGUUACCUGCAAAUGCUGUUUAAAUUUGCCCA